UUCGUGUGGGUUGCAAUAUUUUUGAAAUUGAGUGCACUGCUAAAUAAGUUAUCUCCAGCAUUUCCUAGAAGCCUCCCAACAACCCUUGUUAAUUAAGGCUGAUAUAUCUUCAAUGCGUUUCAGAGGAUGAUGCUUCACAGGAAAUAAAAAUAAAAAUACAAAUUAAAAGAUUUGUGAUCGCGAAGUUUGUGCCGGCUAAGGAAUGGUGUGUGCAUAUAUAUGGGUACCCUAAGCAUUAAAAUAACCAAACUCAUAAACCAUGGCUCUGCAAGUUCUCUUAAAGUUUCAGUGUUUUGUCUUGUUACUGUGGAUAUACAUAGCAUCUGCUAAAUACCGAUCACUGGUUCCCAAGUAAUAACCAAGCCUGGUUGCCGAAGUCACUGCGGGAAUGUUAGCAUACCCUAUCCGUUCGGUAUUGGUCCUGGUUGUUUCUUAGACGAUUAUUUCGAAAUACGUUGCGAUGAGAGUCUCCUCAAUUCCACCAAGCCAGUUUAUGGCAAAAACUUAAAUAUCUCAAAUAUAUCAAUACUCGACGGAGAUAUGAUAACCGAAAUCUUCAUAGCCAGCGAUUGUCCAGAUAGGGAAUCUCCUAAUUUAUUCUCGACAGCUUACUUGGGAAAAUUCACCUUCUCUAAUACAAAAAACAGGUUCGUUGGUAUGGGUUGCAAUACCUGGGCGUAUCUAAAACCAGAUGGUAAUAGAUCUAUUAGUGCCGGAUGUUUGUCAGUCUGUGAUAAAAUAGAAGAUAGCACUGAUGGGUCUUGCAAUGGUGUCGGUUGUUGCCAGGCCUCCGUCCCAGCUGGACUUCAAAAUUUAAACUACAGUGUUGGAAGCAUGUCUAAUACCGGUAGAACUUUGAGUUUCAAUCCAUGUAGUUAUGCCUUUUUUAUUGAAGAAAAAUCAUUUAAAUUUUCUUCGUCGUAUUUCAUGGAUUUCAAAAAUAAUGGAACCGGAACUGUUCCAGUGGUGAUUGAAUGGACCGUUGGUUUCCAGACAUGCAAUGAAGCUAAAAGAAACUCGACGUUUUAUGCCUGUGGACCUAACACUGACUGUACAGUACCUGCAGGCGAUAGUACUCAAGGUUAUCGGUGUAACUGUAAAAAUGGCUAUAGAGGAAAUCCUUAUCUGAACAGCAGUACUGCUGGUGGAUGUCAAGGUAUCGAUGAAUGUAACGAGCUAGAGGUAUGUAAGGGAGAUAGAGGUAGUUGCAAAAACACAGAAGGAAGCUACAACUGUUCUUGCAACAAGGGAUAUAGUAUUGAUAUCAGAAAUAAUAUUACAGAUUGCUUUCUCGAGAGUCAGAGCGAUCUUCCCGAGAGUCGGAGUACUCAGAAUAAUAAUAACGUCAACAAGAUUGUUGUUGGGGCCUGCCUUAGCUUAUUUAUUCUACUUGUGAGUCUUGUGACCGGCUUCUGGAUAUACUGGGGAUACAGGAAAAAAAAGCACAUGGAACUCAAGGAGGAAUUCUUCAAGAAAAAUGGUGGUUUGAUUUUAAACCGACUCCUUGAUGAACGGGAAGAGGAUGCCGACUCUAGUAGAUAUGGAAAAGAAGGAAAGAAGCACCGAUCAGUGGCUACAAUAUAUACUGAGAAGGAGCUAAGCAAGGCCACGAACAACUAUCACGAAAGUCAAAUUCUUGGACGAGGAGGGUUUGGUACGGUGUAUAAAGGAACCUUAUCUAAUGGCAAAGUGGUUGCUAUAAAGAAGACGAAAAUAGUCGAUAUGAAUCAAAAUGAGCAAUUCGUUAAUGAAAUUGCUGUUCUGUCACAAAACAAUCACAAGAACGUAGUUCAGCUCUUGGGUUGUUGUCUAGAGAGCGAAGUUCCUUUGCUAGUUUAUGAAUAUAUUUCUAACGGGACCCUUCACCAACAUUUACACGAACAUUGGGGGAACCAAACCGGUUCGGCUACUCUUUCAUGGGAAAAUCGGUUAAGGAUAGCCUCGGAAGUUGCAGGAUCAUUAGCCUACUUGCACUCUGAAGCUUCCAUACCUAUAAACCACAGAGAUGUCAAGUCAAGUAAUGUACUUCUAGAUGAUGACUACAAAGCAAAAGUUGCAGAUUUUGGUGGUUCGAGGUUGAAUCCUACCGAUCAGGCUCAGUUAAGUACGGUAGUUCAAGGUACUUUUGGAUACUUAGAUCCACAAUACAUGCAAUCGAACCAACUAACAGACAAAAACGACGUUUACAGCUUUGGCGUUCUUCUUGUUGAAUUGCUUACAGGUAAAGCUGUAUUUUCUCCAGACAGACCUGAAGAGGAUAGAAACCUGGCUAGUUAUUUCCUUUCUUCUAUGAAAACCAACAAACUGUUUGUGAUUCUUGACAAUAGAUUGGUACGAAAUGAUAAUGAACAAAUUAGUAGUGUACAUGUGCACCAACAGAUCCAAGAAAUAGCUGAACUAGCACAAAAUUGUUUAAGAAUGAAGGGAGAAAACAGACCUUCAAUGAAAGAAGUAGCAAUAGUGCUCCACGGAUUGAUGAGGGUGUCGUCUACCCACCCUUGGGUCAUGGAUGAUGACGAGGAUAUAAUAUAUUCACCAAGCACAGAAGAGCACAGGCUCCUGUCAGAAUCAGCUGGGUUACUAUCUUACACAGAUAGCAUACCAACAAUUGGCGAUAGCAACAAAGGGAUAUCAGCCUUACAGACUGAGGGACGUUAGUGUAAAGAAUAAACUAUGCGAAGUGUGUUCACCUAUCACAUCAUGAGGGGUUUGUCUUCAUGACCCCUGUAAUAACGUCCCAAUGGGCAGUAGUUGAUGUAAUAUAUAAGACAAAUUGAAUUGCUUGUUGAUUGCAGUGAAAUAAUUAUAUUAAAAAUUAACCCUCUUCCUUUUCAAA